CAAUGGGAGAUGGAUGACUUCCUGUUUAGAAAAAAUGUAAAGAAAGCGGGUUGAUCGACAUGUUUCUUUUGUGAUGUUUAUGUUGUAUAAGGUAUUCGGGACUGGUUUGCUUCUUGCCCUCCUAUUAGAGUGUGCAUACGCGCUAAAAAAAGAAGAUGAGGAAUACCUGGAAACCGUUUUUAACAAAGCUCUGGGUGAUCUGUCUUCACUCCAAAACAGGGACUACUUCCGCAACUACUGCGCACGAAAAGUAAACCCUCUUUGUCCCAGGAAGUGGUUUUUCUCUAAGAAGACAAAGCGAAACUUUUUUAAGCCAGGAGAAACACAACUUAAAAAGGAGAGGUUCUAUCAAACCUAUUACUGCUAUAAAUUCAAGCAAGUUAAACUGUGUCCAGUGGAUGGCAGUUGGGGUGCUUGGACAGGCUGGUCCAAAUGUGGAAGUAACUGCGGUUUGGAGGGAAGACAGAAUAGAACCAGAUUAUGUAAUAACCCUGCCCCCUUAAGGUUUGGAAGCCACUGCACUGGUCCAAAUGUCGAAAGUCGGACGUGCAUUAGACACUGCAAAAAGGAAGUCACAAGCAGAAAAGAAGCACGGACCUAUCUCAACUUUAUGAAUCACGCCUUUCCUAAACUAAAACAUGAAUGCAGAUUGGGGCAUUGCCUAUAUGAUGAUCUAUCUCACUAUCUUGUUGGCAAAGAGAAGGAGAAGUACUGGGCCAGUAUGCAUUGUGUCUAUUUUGAUCGUGAAUGUCCAGUGGACGGUGGAUGGUCACACUGGACAGAAUGGACAUCAUGUCAGCCAGUGUGUGGAUGGGGUUAUCGUCAUAGGGAGAGAUCUUGUAGCAAACCCAAUCCUAAAAAUGGUGGAUACCAGUGUUUAGGAUCCGCCUACCAAAACCACCAGUGUUUUGGUACAGAUUGUACUAAAGCAGAUUUAAUCUAUGGACACCACUUAUCUGAUUGGUCUGAAUUUUCUCCAUGUUCCGUCUCCUGUGGAAAAUACGGAGUUCAAGUAAAAAAGCGAAUGUGCCUGAAGCCAUACCACUGCACCCAUCAGCUUGGGAAGAAUGUAAACAAAAUAAUAAUCACCAAACCAUGUUACCAAGGCGAAUGUUCGGCUAAAGGAGGCUGGUCCUCUUGGCAGAGAGUGGAUUUUUGUUCCGCCCGCUGCGGCAUUGGCAGAAAGUUGCAAUUCCGUCUGUGUAAUUUACCAUUUCCGACCGGAAGUGCUUCCUGCAUUGGCAACGAAGUAGAGACAAGUAUAUGUAGAGGCCCUUGUGAUGACAGUUGGAACAACGAUGUCAAAGACUUUAAGAGAACCGGAUCAGAUAUGAAAAUAGGUCCAAAAUCAGAGGAUACUCCUGCUACAGGAGACAGGUUUAGUAUUCCACUUAUAAGAAGUAUGGAGAAGAAUUACACCCAAUGGAGUGAAUGGACACCGUGUACCAAGUCCUGUGAAGGGGGGUUCCGAUGGAGGGAGAGAGCUUGUAAAUUAAGUGGACAAUGCUCGGGAGAAAUAUUUCAGAGACAAAUGUGUAACACAGCCAAAUGUCAAGUGCAGGGUGGUUGGAGUGAUUGGAUGGGAUGGUCUGUCUGCUCUGUGACCUGUGGUCCGGGUGUGCAGACGAGAUAUCGAAAAUGUGAUAAUCCUUACCCACAAGCUGGCGGAACUUGCUCAGAGUUUUCCUCAGAGAAGAGGGAAUGUGACAUGAAAUCAUGUAAAAAAACAUAUUUGCGAUACGGUGAAUGGGGUUCCUGGAGCAAUUGUUCUCAUCCCUGUGGACAGAAAGGGACACGAGUCAGAAAUAGGGGGUGUGUUAUCCUCCCAAAAGGAGACAUUAGCUCAAAACACACAAAGGGCCCAGUGCUGACUAAAGAGACCAAAACGUCAACCAAACAGCUCUCAAAUGUGCCUCGAAGCCUUCCUACGGAUAAAGGUCUGGGUGAUAAAAAGAGUCAUUCUCUUGUAAAGCAUGGGAAACCAGCUGAGGCAUUACCAUAUGAGGAUUAUUUACGAACUAGAUAUAAAGCAAAACAAUUGGCAAAAGAACAAAGAAAAACAACUAAAAUUGUGAAACAGAUUUCACCAGUACGCAAUAAACGUUCUCGCAGACGAACAGCUUACUUACCAAGAUCAGAUAACUCGAAUCUUCCAGCCGAAGCGAAAGUGUUACGGAAAUGUUCAGCUCAUGGCACAAAGAUGGUCAGCAGAUGCAACGUUAGAACUUGUCCAGUUGAUGGAAAGUGGGCGAACUGGGGUAGCUGGACAAAGUGCAGUCGGACCUGCGGACAAGGCAUCCAUCUGCGUGAGAGAACGUGUACUGACCCAUUUCCUAAUGGUGGCAAAAUCUGUGACGGAUCUGGAACAGAAAUUGCCCACUGCUUUCGAGAGCCAUGUUCAAAUCCUGAAAAUAAAGGAAUUAAUCUGCAUAGCAAAAGUUAUCUAACCUACAAAAUGCAGGGGAAAUCCACCCCCUUUUUGCUGCUGUAUAUUCUGUUUAACCCUGAGAAGGAUUCUGGUGUGAUGGUUCGCCGGUACCGACAAUGCAAUACUGGCCGGUGCGCUCAUGAAUUCGAACUCUCUCUGGACAAUGGUCAACCUUGGUUGGAGGUGUCCGAUGGAAAAUUCAAACUAAAUUUAAAAUAUCCAAACAAGAUUAAGAAAAAUAUUUGGCAUACAGUCCUGGUUUGCAUUUUCAAAAACGAAGCCUUCAUGAGAGUCGAUGAUGGUAAACACCUGAACGCCACCGUAAAAUUUGAAGGAGAAUUAAAUUUUGACGCACAGAUGACGGUUGGCUGGGAUAAACACAGAAAAGAGAGAAUAGGAUUUACCGGCGUGAUUGGUUCGUUGAGAGUGAAUUUCCGAGCUCUUAGUCUGUUUGAAGACACAUCAAAAUCUGAGUAUGGCUCGCCACUCAAAAGUAUCAAUGUUAAAGAAAAACAAUUAGAGCCAACUGUUGCAUAUCCUAUAUUCCAUGGAAAUAACUACAUGAAGCUGUCGGUGCUGGGCACGAUGAGACUUUCCGUAGAAAUUGUUUUUUCGCCAAUGAAAAUGGAUGGCCUUCUGCUUUUCAAUCACGGAGCUGAAGAAAAAUCAGUAGUUUAUUUAAAGAUUAAAAAAGCUGUCCUUAUUUUUUGCUGCAACUGUGGGAAGAAGUUGGUGUGUACCGAUCUGACAGACAUUCAGCCUGAUUCCUGGUAUCAUAUCUCCCUUGCCGUCAGAAAAACCACAGCUAAAUUAAGGGUGAAUGCUGGACCGUCCAUUGAACUCGAGUCGUACGGGUCUCCGUUUUCGCCAGGCAGAACUUUGUAUAUUGGUGGAGGAGAAAAAGCAGAUAGAUAUCAACUGCACAAGGAUGUACAGACACUUGUCGGGUUUAUGGGAUAUAUUUACAGCCUAAAAAUAAAUGGUCAGAGGGUCGACAUGAAGGGAGCGGCGAUAAUGAACAAAGAGGGUUUUCUUAAUUCAAUGGGGAUAACAUACACAGCUAGUGACAUCAUAAAAGAAAGCGAAACGAGUGACGUAAUAUUGAAGUGUGAUUAUACUUACUACAUGAGAAAAUCGAUAGAUGUGGACGUCAUGUGGUUUCACAUUGAUGAAAUAAUGAACCCAAGUGCGAAUGGAUCAUUCAAAAUACAUCAAAGGUUUCGAGGACAGCCGUAUACUAGUGGAAUAGAAUUGUUUGGUAAAGGAAAUGGUGGAAUCUACUUAUGUGCUGUUCAGCAUGCUGGUGUAAUGGUGGUUCAACACGCAUUUAUAAUCGAGGAACCGAUUCCGAAGACACAAUGGACCAUAGUAAAAGAAGAAGAGUUGGGUGUCCGUAUUAUAGCUGGAAUUGUACCGCUUCUGUUUUUGGCCUGUAUGUGCUUUGUCUGUGGACAAAAAGUGGAACUUAUACGAAAAUCAAAAAUAAUGCGUGCGAUGACUAAAUUGGACAAGCUAAGUGAAGCAAAGGAAAAAGCUGAUCAAGAAAGAGCCUUAAUAGAUGAUGCAAGAAAAUAUGAAGAUGCUGAUGAAGAUACCAGCAAUGUAAAUACACCACGUGAUGACGACACGAGCAAUUUAAAUUCUACACGUGAUGAAGAUACCAGCAACGUCACAACACCACGUGACCGCCAUUCUAGCCGGUAUGGAACACCUCACAAUGAAGUUGAUGAAAACGAAAUUUAUGACACAAUUGCAGACAUUGAAGAUAAUCUUUACGAAGUACCUCAAGGGAACCAAAGACGAAUUCAAGACAAACAGGUGUAUUUUCAAGAAUUUGAGGACACGUAUGACAGACCACAAACAAGAUUUGAGGAUUAUCCAGAAAAAGAUGAAGAGGAGAAGAAAGAAAUGAUCGAUGAAGCCUUAGAUGCCAUAAUACAAAAAGCUAGCAAAGGAUCCAUUCACACGAGAGAGUCUUUAAACAGACGCAGCAGGGAAGACAGUUCAAAACAAAGGCAAAGUGAAGAAGAAGAGGGCGACGUUAUUUUACGAUCAGACAAUUUAUCAAAGACAAGCUAUCUGGACACACUUAGAAAACGACGAGAGGCUAACAAGCAAGAUAGGUCCAUUCAUGCUGUGAUUACAUCAAGUCCAAAGGGCAAUAAAAUUUAUGAAACAAGGGGCACUUCCGUCCGUGGUCUCUCUUAUGAACGGCCAAGGGGCAUGACGGUUAUAAAUUCAGAUGAACUAAGAGAACAAGAUUACUAUUUGGGUGCAAAUGCCGCGGACCUGUUUGCGAGACAUUCAGAGACAUCCACCAGGCAGAAACCUGUAGGAAGUAGAGACUCUGUUAACAAAUUAAAAUAUGGUGCCAAUGACUCAAGAAGCAGUGUUGUUGAAAAACCAGUUUUGCCCAACAUUGCUUCCAAUUAUGGACAUGAAGAUGGGAUGAUAUUAAUGGAUGAUCUAGAUUCCGUUUAUGUAAAUACUCAGCCACCAUCAUAUCCAGGUGAACCUAUGUAUACCAACCAUGGGGUAAACAACACAAGUAUACAACGAGAAGAUUCUCUAAUAUUUAGGACUCGCAAUUUACAGGAAAACCCAAGCACUCCAGCAGUCCCUAAAGAUGAUAAAACACGUUUCUCAUUCAUUGCUCCCCACGCCUACAGUGACCAUAGAUAUGCAAGGAUAAGCACAACAAUGGAGAACUUUGCCGAUGACAACAUUGCAGAACGGGAAGCAGAAUAUGAACAGACAACUCCCAAACAAACGAGAGGAGUUUCAAACAGAGAACAAAAUUUUGUAGUUCCAAUAGCACCCCCGCCACCAGUGGCACCGCCAGCUCCGUUUCCUCCUGCGCCGCCACCGCCGCCGCCGCCACCACCACCACCCGGUGGCACAAGGGGCAAAAGUAAAUGAAGGGCAAAUGUGAUUACUUAUUAAUUAUCAUCAAUUCCUGAACUCUUUUCAUGAUGCAUGAUUUAUGUUUAAAAAUAUUUGGUUUGGCCGGGAUGCCUCUAUUUUCAUAUAUACACUCAAUCUGUUUAUAGUAGUGUGUGGAAUAAUUGUAUGAAUAACAGAUUCUGGCAUUCAGUUGAAUUUAUAUGAUUCUGAGUUUAUAUGAACCAGAAGAAAAAUUCAUGAAUUAUAUGUAUGUAACAGUGAAGAUCAUUACUCAUUAAAACUUCUGCAAGAAAUAUAACAGCCAAAAUAUUUGCACACAAUCCUAUUUUCUUGCUCAAAUCACAUACAAUAAGGGAAAUAAAUAUUAGUAAUACAA